GCGGCGGUUGGGCUGGGCUGGGUCGGGCCAGCGGCGGGCGCGGGGCUGGCGGGAGCGGCGGCCCGGCGCGGUGCCCCGGCCCGGGGUGAGCAUGGUGCCCUAGUGCUGGGGCUAUGUCGGAGGCGGCCCGGAGCCUCCUGCAGCGCUGGGGUGCCAGCUUCAGGAAAGGCACCGACUUCGACUCCUGGGGGCAGCUGGUGGAGGCGAUCGACGAGUACCAGAUACUAGCAAGGCAUCUACAAAAGGAGGCACAGUCUCAGCACAACAACUCAGAAUUCACAGAAGAUCAAAAGAAAACCAUAGCUAAAAUUGCAACAUGCUUGGAACUGAGAAGUGCAGCUUUACAGUCCACCCAAUCACAGGAUGAAUUUAAGCUUGAGGAUCUGAAGAAGUUGGAACCAAUCUUAAAGAACAUCCUCACUUACAAUAAGGAGUUCCCCUUUGAUGUUCAGCCUGUCCCACUCAGGAAGAUUUUAGCACCUGGAGAAGAGGAACACUUGGAGUUUGAGGAGGAUGAUGAGGAAGGAGGAGCUGGAGCAGGGUCUCCAGACUCUUUUCCUGCUAGAGUUCCAGGAGCCAAUGAAGGUACUUUAUUACCCAGAUUGCCAUCUGAACCCGGGAUGACAUUACUCACCAUCAACAUAGAGAAAAUUGGUCUGAAAGAUGCUGGGCAGUGCAUUGAUCCUUACAUCACAGUCAGUGUAAAGGAUUUGAAUGGGAUAGAUCUGACUCCUGUACAAGAUACUCCUGUGGCUUUGAGGAAGGAGGACACAUAUGUCCAUUUUAAUGUGGACAUCGAGAUUCAGAAACACAUUGAAAAACUAACAAAAGGUGCAGCUAUUUUCUUUGAAUUCAAACACUACAAGCCUAAGAAAAGGUUUACUAGCACCAAGUGCUUUGCUUUCAUGGAGAUGGAUGAAAUUAAACCUGGGGCAAUUGUUAUAGAACUGUACAAAAAACCCACUGACUUUAAAAGGAAGAAAUUGCAACUGUUGACCAAGAAACCACUUUACCUUCACCUCCAUCAAACAUUGCACAAGGAAUGACCCUAGUUGUGAGACUUCUGUGAACUGAACCACAAGUCAUGGUAGCUGUGUGUAGUAGCCUUAGCCUUCCGGGGGCAGGAACACGACUGUAUUCAUGCCAGUAGGUCAGCCGGGACCAUCCCACACUGCACAGCACUACUUCAGGGUCAGAGGCAAGCCUACCAUCCAAGUGCAAGAGUUUUUUUCAGUACCUUCCACACACAGGUUUUUCUGAGAGCCCUGAAAUACGUUGACUGCUUUUCCUAAUUUUGCUGUUCAUCACUUUUCAUCUUAACCGUUAUUAUCCUUUUGCCUCAAACUCCACCUAAGGAUGGAGACUGCCCCUUUGCCAAACCUGUAGCAAUAAAGACGUGGCAGGCCUACUAACUGUUUACACUUGCUGUGCUAUUGUAGUUCCUCUCAUCUGCAUUUUGGAGUCCUCUGUAGCGGGCUGGGUGGGAGAAGGCCGGGAGAAAGGCGAGGUGGGGCGGGAAGGAGCUUGAGGUACUGCAAGUGAUUUAAAAAGAGAGAGAGAGAGGAGGGUGCUGGGUCAAGCGGGGGGGCUGUGGAAGGGCUCCUCAGCCAGCUGUGCUGCUUUGGUUGGGCCGGGAGGAGGACAACUGCAGAUGAGAACACAGAACUAUGAUUUUAACAGCUUUGCCUGAUCCACUUGUACUGAGUUUUGGAUACAAUACAUGUUAUAAUCCUGUAAAUCACCCUUACUCCCUAAUAGAGCUAAUUUUUCUGUAUGUUGUCCCAGAGUGAUUUGCAAAGGUGGGUGGGGGAGGCAGAGAGGCUUUCUGCAGGGCUUCGUCCUGGCGGCGGCGGGUGCUUCACUGUUUCAGUGGCAGCAGGACAGGCCCCUCGGUGUUCAAGAGUCGAUUUUUCCAGAGCUUUUGGUAAAGCAGAUCUGGCUAGCAGGUUGACCCACCUUUUACAUGAAACUGCUGUUCUUAUGGAAACUGAUUGUAUGCAGUUUUCUGCAUAUUUUAUGCAAGUCUGGAAACUUACUCUAAAAAUUACCUUUUUAUGUAAGUAGAUAGGAUUAUCAUUUAUUUUCUAUAUUUUUGAUUUGGUGUGUAAUAAGCUGCAGGACAUUGGCUUAUUAUGACACACUUGCAUUCACCUUGUGACCUAAUAAAGGGACAGAAGUAGAACCCAGUCAAA